AUGAAGCCACCAACAUUCCAGGGAGGUCUUGAGCCACUGAAAGCCGAAGCAUGGAUCCUAGAAACUGAAAAACUGUUUGAAGUAUUCCCGUGUUCAGAAGCGCAGAAAGUGUUUUUGGCUACUUUUACUUUACAAGAAGAAGCCAGGCGGUGGUGGAUGCUUAUUCGUGAUACAAACAAUACUAUAACUUGGGCUCAGUUUAAAGAAGCUUUUUAUGAUAAAUAUUUCCCUCAGUGCAUCCAAGAUCGCAAAGUAUCCGAAUUUGAGCAACUGAAGCAGGGUACCAUGUCAGUGGCAGAAUAUGAAGCUAAGUUCACCAAGCUCGCCCAUUAUGCACCACACAUGGUAGAUACCGACUAUAAAAAGGAUAGAAAAUUUGAGGGUGGACUUAAUGUAGAGAUACUUGACCGGAUUAACGUUUUGAAAUUACUCGAGUAUGUGGAUGUCCUUAACCGAGCUAUCAUAGUUGAGGCAAAUAUUACAGCAUUGAAAUAA